GACUACAAUAACCAUCACACACUAAACAUGAUCAAGUCAGUGUUGGUUGCUAUGCUGGUGGCUGGGAUCAUGGCCGACAAGAUGCCUUUGGAUAAGCCUCCCGUGGCCAUAAUUCACAGUGAGCAACAUUACCCAGACGAGACCGGCGCUCACAGUUUCGACUUCGAGGCCGAGAACGGCAUUAAAAUGCACGUCUCUGGCUCUUUAGGCGAGAACGGAGGAGAAAACAGCAUCGGCCACUGGAGUUACCCCUUGGAGGACGGACGAACUGCGUACCUGAAGUUUGUGGCUGACGAGAACGGCUACCAGCCUGAGUCUGACAUGCUGCCCGUGGCUCCUGAGUUCCCUCACCCCAUCCCUCAGUUCGUCCUCGACCAGAUCGCCUUCGCCGAGGCCGAGAGGGAACGCCAGGCCCGUGAAGGUAUAACUUCAGUGGAAUAAACACCCCACAAGACCUGAUCCAUGAUGACAUUGGCCAGCUAUUGUCUCCACUGUUCGCAAUAAGAGGACUUACUGCAUAAUACAUGUAGAAUACUCCAGCGAAUGGUUUAUUAAGAUCUUACCAUAUAUGUAAAAUAUCUUAUUAUUUAAUACAUUUAUAAGCUCUUACUCUAUAAUACACGUAAAGAACCUUAUUUAUUAUAGUAUUUAUCGGCAGUCAUUUAUAUGGUGGAAAGUUGAGAGUCCAUUCGGUGUUAGUUACAUGUGAUGAAAAUACAGAAGUAACAGGCACAAGUCCAUUAUUUUACUGGUUCCUUCGUGUCACAAACAAGUGUAAACAUUAGCCUCCAAGGGGAAGGCAUGGGACUGGGGGAAGUGCCUUGAUGAAGGGCUCUUGACUCAGUGAAUGUCGUUGCCCUUUGCUCAGAUCAAGCCUGAUUAUUUCCCAUUCCCCAAGCACUGCUCGACCCCUGGUACCAACCUUGGUAACUGAUACCGAAUAAGUGGUUGGAAAAAAGACAUGUGAGUAAACACUAGGGCAUAUUUAUUAGUAAACGUUUCGCUCCUGGAACCUUGAUCACUUGUAACAUGUUAGAAGUGAUCAGGGAUCCAGGAGCGAAACGUUUUGUAAUGAAUAAGACCAAGUGUUUGUUCAUGUGUGUUUUUAACAGCUCUCUGACUCCCAAAAAAUUAACGCUUCACUGUGCGUAUAAUAACGAAGAAAUUCAAUGAGUUACCUCGUUGAACCUGACCAUUCAGUAACAGAGUGGU